AUGGAUUUAAGUUUGCUUCAAGCUAUGGAGAGAGAGAGAGUCUUGGAGGUUCUUCGCAGAGACAAACAGCUGCGUACAAUAGAAGAGGACCGGAUCAAGAGGAUGAGAUAUGAGCUCCAGGAUCUUAGAAGGAAAGGAGCAAAGAGUUUUGCCCGGCAGUACGGUGAGCGGACCUGUGCACGCUGCCAAAGGCCGCUGGGAAAGUUCUGGAACUCAGGCGCAGUCUGUUGCGGCUGCAGCCACAGAAUCUGCAGAAAAUGUCGUGUAGGCUUGGGAGCAACAGCCUGGAAGUGCACGGUCUGCCACGCCUACAGGGAUGUGAAGAUCAGGUCUGGAGAGUGGUUCAUGGAGGAAAAGGCAAAGAAAUUUCCAGCCACUGCAGAUAAAUAUGAGACGGUUGGGGAAAAACUACUAAAGACCUACAAUGUUCUGAGUCAUAUAGCAGUUGUGCCACCCACUCCUCCACCCCACUUGGAUUAUCAGUUUCUGAGCAGAUCUGGGGAUUUAAAAAGCUCAAAACCUUUUGCCAAAUCAAUGGAAAAUCUGAUGCUUUCCUUAACCAGUCAUAUCAAAAAGAUUUCCACAUCUCAAAAUGAUGUGCGAGAGGACUUGCUGAGAGUCGAAAACAGCAGAAGAGGGUCAUGUUUUACCUUCACCACACAAAAGAGCCUGUCUGACACUGACAUCAACAAAUCUAGCAAUCUCUUCAAAGGCCCAAGUCUUCCAAACCUGUUCAAGAGAAGCAAAGACAGCGACCAUGAAGGCUAUUCCACUGGGGCUGAAGAAGAAACGUCCUUUGGUUCUGAGUACUCCGGAGGAAACAGAGGCAGUAUCAGCAGCAUCAGCACAGACUGUGGCCUCUUUGAGGGUGUCACUGUGGCAGGAGAGCUACAGCUGGCUCUGGCCUACAACACCAAGAGCUCCUGUCUGGAGAUCACAGUUGGUGCCUGCAGAAAUCUCAUCAAUGGAGACCACAAAAGGAACAAAUGUCACCCAUAUGUUAAACUCUAUGUGCUACCAGAGAAGAGCAGCAAAAUGAAGACAACAGUCAAGAAAAACACCACAGAUCCAGUUUAUAAUGAAGUUUUACAGUAUUACAUAGAGCACCAUCUACUGGUUGGAAAGAGACUGCAGGCAUCUGUGUGGCAUUCAGGAACCCUAAAAAGGAAGGUGUUUCUCGGCGAGGUCCUCGUCCCACUGGACGGCUUGGGAUUUAAAAACAAGGCUUCCCAGUGUUUCAACUGGUACCCACUGUGUCCGAAGACUGAGAGUCCAGAGGGGGGCACUAUGGAGCAGGAUGGAGAAGUGGUCAGGCCCAAGUUUAGCUCCAUCAACCAGGGUGUCUGACGGUGGGAGAAGGCAGAGACCUC